AUGGACACAGACUUGGGUGUUGCACCCAUCCGGGAUGUGUUGCCCCACGUCUACAGUGCGCUGUAUGUGGAGCUGGUGGUGAAGAAUCCUCUGGGCCCUUUGGGCCAAACUCUGCAAAAGUGGCUGGGCAACGCCCCGAACGGGGCCGACCCGGUAGACCCUGGAGGGUACACCGUUCACUCCUACGCAGUGAGCACAGGCGAAGCGAGAGGCUCCCUCACCAUGUCAGCUGUGGAGGCAGAGGGGAUUUUUCGCAGAGCCCGGGGCAGGACCCUGGACGCAUUUUCCGAAGGAGGAGUGGGCAAAGUUCUGGAAGAAUUAUCUAAUCUUAUUUUCCCUCUUCCAUCCUUCUUUCUUUAUAAUGAAGAAAAGGAAAGAGAAUGGAGAGGUGCAUUCUACUUCAUCCAAGGUGCAGACCCACAGUUUGGACUGAUGAAGGCCUGGUCUGUGGGGGACUGUGACAGAGGUGGCGAUGAGUGGGGGCAGGAGAUCCGUCUGACCGAACAGGCCGUCCAGGCCAUCAACAAGCUGAACCCCAAGCCCAAGUUCUUCGUUCUGUGUGGCGACCUUGUCCAUGCCAUGCCAGGAAUGCCCUGGCGGAAGGAACAGACCGAAGACCUUCAGCGAGUGCUCAAGAGCAUUGAUAGCGAGAUUCCACUGGUCUUCGUCAGUGGCAAUCACGACAUCGGCAACAUCCCCACAGCUGAGUCCGUCAAGGAGUUCUGCCAGACGUGGGGAGAUGACUACUUCAGCUUCUGGGUUGGGGGCGUCCUGUUCCUGGUCCUCAACUCGCAGUUCUUCUACGAUGCCUCCAGGUGCCCCACCCUGAAGCAGGCCCAGGACCAGUGGCUAGACGAGCAGCUGAGCAUUGCUGGGCAGCGCCAAUGCCAGCAUGCUAUUGUCUUCCAGCACAUUCCGUUGUUUCUCCAGAGCAUGGAUGAAGAGGACGACUACUUCAACCUCACCAGGCUGGUGCGGCAGGAGGUGGCAGACAGGUUCACCAAAGCAGGUAUCAAAGCUGUGUUCUCAGGCCACUACCACAGGAAUGCCGGGGGCACCUACCAGAACCUCGACAUGGUGGUGUCGUCCGCCAUCGGGUGCCAGCUGGGCCAAGACACGCAUGGGCUCCGUGUCGUGGUGGUCACCGCUGACAAGAUCACUCAUCGAUACUACAGUAUAGACGAGCUGAAUGAGAAAGGAAUAGAAGAUGACCUGAUGGAUUUAAUGAAGAAGAAUUGA